CUUCUGGAGUGUGGUUUGGUCGUCAAUAAAUAUACAUUGAAGUUCUAUAUACAGUUAGGUGUAGCUUAGGUCUGGUGUUUAGGGUCUAUUGGCAAUUAUUUAUAUUUGAAGAAGCAUUUACAGAGAUGCAGUUUGAACAGAGGUCAUCAGAGUGGCAAUAUUUGAGAAAUGUUCAAACAUUAUCAGUUGUUAAAAGUGUGCAAACCAUUUAUCUUUUAAAAACAGGGGUCUUGGUGGCUGGAUUAGCAAGCAUUUGGCCUCUGUUGAUACAACUCCUGGCACUUACCGCCUGUGGUCACAGAAAAGUUGGUACAUUACUGUUUCCCACUUGGAUCUUCAAGUGGAGAAAAAGUGUCUGGCACCGGUUUGUCCAAGAGGUGCUGGAAGUUGGUAGUGGGUAUUAGAGAUAUGUUCUACUGGAGGUUAGAAUGCUGACCCUUUCUGGACGAGCACUCCUUGCACGAGGGCUUGUUAUUAGGUGCGGGAAUUAUUGGAUAUAUUCACAUGGCAUUCACUCCAGAGAACGAGAUUAUUCGGUAUACUUUAAAGAGUUGGGCCUUGAAAACAACUGUGACCAAGGCACCGUGCGAGAUGCUUUUAUCAAAUUGGCUAAGAAAUAUCACCCGGAUAGUGGACAUGUUCAGGCUGAUGCUGUUAAGUUUCAGCAGAUAGAUCAAGCCUAUCGCAAGCUUCAAGAGAAAUUUAGUGAUGAUCGCAGGAAUCAUAAUAAUUGUGAAGGUGAAUAUGGUCUUUAUUAUGAGCAGAAGAGAAAGACUCCAGAAACUGAAGAUGAUGAAGAGGACCAUGAUAAGAUAUUUGAUAUUAAGCACACGGCUCCCCAGCACCGUCAGUAUCUGAGUUAUGAGGGAAUUGGUGUCGGCACGCCAUCUCAGCGAGAGAAACAGUAUACACGUUACCAGGCCCUCAGAGCGUCAACAAAUGUUACAGAUUACAAAAUACAGAAGAUAACAUCGCAAUAUCCAGAAACUUCACUGGUCGAUAAAGACAGAGCUUUUGCCAAGAAGAUUCGCACACGGUAUGGCAUUGACCGAAUAGUGGAUGAUAUGAUACAGGAGGCAAUGGCAAAAGGGGAAUUUGAUAACCUUCCCAAUGCUGGGAAGCCACUUCCACAACAGAACUGCAAUCCAUAUGUCGACACCGUCACACACAAACUGAAUCAGGUACUGAUAAAUAAUGGUUAUGCUCCAGAGUGGGUCAUGCUAGAAAAGGAAAUAAGAGAAGACAGGAUGUAUCUGCGAAAGAUGUUGAGGAAGAAACGAGAAAGGCUGGGAGCCCUACCAUUAACGCCACAAGAAGAGGUACUUUGGAAGAAAUCCCAGGAACAACUUCAAGACAAUAUAAAAGCAAUGAAUAAGAAAAUUGACAAGUAUAAUUUUGUAGUUCCUUUGCUUGCUAAGCAAAUGACACAUUUUCCUCUGAGGAUAGAAGCAGAAAAGGCUCUCCAGGAAGGAUUAUCAAGGGACCAGAUAGCAGAAAAGGAGGUUAAAGAAGUUUCACCUGAAAAAAGAGGAUUCUUAAGUGGAUUUAAGUUAUUUGGAAUGUUUAAAAAUGGAUAAUUUGUUAAAAUGUUAAUUUAUAUUUUAUAUUUGAAACAAAAUUUUAUAUAUACUGGACAGUAUAAUUAAAGUUAUGCAAAGUAUUUGAAAUUUUCUAUAUACUGUAUAAAGUAUAUAUAAAGUAUAUAUACAGUACCUUGGAGUGGCCCCUGGAGAGGCCACUCCAGACUGACAACCAUAGCGCAACUCUAUAGUCUCCUGGGACUGACAGAUACCUACUUACAGAGUAUUUAUAUAUCAUUGUACACAAUAUAUAUAUUUCCACACUGAAUAAGAUAAAUGACUAGUAUAAGUUGAAUAAACAGUAAUUUUUUGUU